AUGUCUGGUCACCCGUUUGGACUGCUCGAGCAAGCAGACGAAGAUGCAUUGCACACGGCGCGCUUACUCAAUGUUGAGGAACGUCCAUUCGCACGCGUUACCAAGCGAUUACUAGGCAAAGACUCGCUCCUCAGAUCCCCAGCUCAACUACCGACCCCACCGCCUGACGACUCGGGCGCAGACCAGGAUGCAGAACGUCAAAAGCAAGAGCAGGAGAGAAGACAAUGGCGUGAAGAUGUCAUGGUCGAUUUUGCCCUUCUGGAAAGCACUUUUAUUCGCAUCCAGUUCCUCAAGGACAGCAACGAGAAAGAGCGUCAAAGAUAUGCAGACGAGAAGACCAAGAUCCUGGACACCGCCCAAGCCGUGCGCGAUAACACUGCAGAGCUGCGCAUACAGUUGGAAGAGGCUCAGAAGACUUUGACCUUGCGCAAGGAAUAUGAUGUGCUUGCUGAGAAGAUUACCGGAAAUCGCAUGCUCAAGCCGAGGGAAGAGCAGCGUGCAAGUUUGGAGAAGCUCAACGCCGAGAUUUCAGACCUGGAACACGAAGGUCAAGAAUACGAGCAAACAUGGAUAGAGCGCAAGGAACAGUUUGACAACAUCAUGGCCGCUGGAAAGCAGAUGCUCAGAGUCAUUAGGGGUGAAAAGGACGAACCGGAGAAGGACGAAACGAUGGAAGAUGGCGAGGAGCGCGAAGAUGGCGAGGCCACCAAAGAGAACAGCCGUAUGGGUACUCCUGGACCUGAAAUGGGCGGCGAAGACGAUGAUCCAUCAAAUCCCAAGCGCAGCAGGGGAGCAUCGCAGGCUACUGGAGCAAACACACCCGCCGCAGGAGCCACCUCACAAACAUCUGAUCUCGGAGAUACAAUUCCCGCUCCAGGAGAGAAGCCACUGGAUACGGACAUGAUGGAGGCCGGCGAAACGCCUCAACCAGCACCAGUCACGGAGCUCGAAGAAGGUGAAGCAGCAGAAGAUUCGGCCGAAGAAGGCGAACACAUGGAUGUCACCUAG